AUGACCACGGCCAACCCGACUUCUGCGUUCCCUGCCUCGGCCGACACCAGCCCCAAGACGGUCACGGCCCCUUCGGCCGCCAGCAACGCGGCCAGCGUCGCCAAGCGCCUCCAGUCGGAGCUCAUGUCGCUCAUGAUGUCACCUCCUGCACCGGGCAUCUCGGCUUUCCCGGAGAGCGACUCGGACUUGACGUACUGGGUCGGCAGGCUCGAAGGACCCGAGGACACGCCCUACGCCGGCCAGACGUUCGCCAUCUCGCUCCGGUUCCCCUCGUCGUACCCGAUGAAGCCGCCCCAGGUCCGGUUCGAGUCGACGUGCUUCCACCCGAACGUCGACCUGCACGGCAACAUCUGCCUCGACAUCCUCAAGGAGAAGUGGAGCCCGGCCCUGAGCGUCUCGACCGUGCUCGUGUCGCUCCAGUCGCUCCUCGGCGAGCCGAACAACAAGUCGCCGCUCAACGUCGAGGCCGCCGACCUUUGGGACGACGCCGAGGCAUUCAAGAAGGAGGCCGACAAGCACUACAAGCCGCUCGAGGACGACGAGUAG